CUAUAACUUAACUAUAUGAACAACCCCAGAUUCUCCCCACGGGGUUUCCUGUAUACCCGUAAGUCGCAUAUUUCAUAACAAUUGUCAAAUUAUACAAUUGAUCUGUUGAAAAAUGUCUGUCUCACGAUCCAUCUUGGAUUUUCUCGUCACUCCUUGGACACCAAUCGCCCUUCUCGGUCUUUAUUUCUUGAUUCCAUACUUCACCACCUACGGAUACCUGCGUGGUAUCCCGUCCCCUAGUUUUGCAAGCUUUUCCAAUGUCUGGCUGCUCAUCCAAGCUAGGCAAGGAAAGCGCUUUUUAUCUGUCCAUGCCGCCCACAAGAAGUACGGAAAACUUGUCCGUAUCGCCCCUAAUCACGUCUCCAUCGCCGACGACUCCGCCAUCCAAUCUGUCUACGGCCAUGGCAAUGGCUUCUUGAAAUCUGACUACUACGAUGCCUUUGUGUCCAUCCAGCGUGGUCUAUUCAACACCCGCGACCGAGCCGAGCACACCCGGAAGCGCAAGACUAUUGCUCACACCUUCUCCACGAAAUCCAUCUCCCAGUUCGAGGAGUACAUGACAUCAAACCUGUCUGCGUUCACGAAGCAGUGGGACAGAUUCUCCGAACUCUCGCAUGGAGGGUUCUACAAGCUAGAUUCCCUACACUGGUUCAACUUCCUUGCAUUCGAUAUCAUCGGCGAUCUCGCCUUCGGACAACCCUUCGGCAUGGUCGAAAAGGGGAAAGAUAUCGUCGAGAUCCGAAAAACUCCAGAUUCUCCAGUCACCUACGCCCCCGCUGUCGAAGUCCUCAACCGUCGCGGCGAAGUAAGCGGAACCAUCGGAUGCCUACCAGCCAUCAAGCCAUUCGCCAAAUAUCUCCCCGACCCAUUCUUCUUCCAAGGUGUCGAAGCUGUUCAGAACCUUGCAGGAAUGGCAGUCGCCCGAGUCUCAGCACGCCUCGAUGCAGGACCCAAAGGUGAUGAUCGUGUUGAUCUUCUUGCCCGCCUGAUGGAGGGUAAAGACGAGACUGGUGCCAAACUUGGCCGUUCAGAAUUAACCGCAGAAGCCCUCACCCAGCUGAUCGCUGGCAGCGAUACCACUAGCAACACUUCCUGCGCACUCCUCUACUGGGUCCUCAAGACACCAGGUGUUCUCCAAAAGCUGCAAGCCGAGCUUGACGCCGCUCUCCCUGUGGGCACUGUCGUGCCACAGUAUAUGCAAGUCCGUGACCUCAAGUAUAUGCAGUGCGUUAUCAACGAGACUCUCCGAAUCCACUCAACGUCAUCACUUGGACUCCCUCGUGUUGUGCCUCCUGGACCGGGGGUCCGCAUAUUGGAUCAGCAUUUCCCUGCCGGCAGCGUCGUCAGUGUUCCGGCGUACACUGUGCAUCAUUCCACGGAGAUUUGGGGCCCAGACGCGGAUGAGUUCAGACCUGAGCGUUGGGAGAAGGUGACUGAUAGACAGAAGGGUGCAUUUAUUCCGUUCAGUUAUGGACCUCGGAGCUGUGUGGGCAGGAAUGUGGCGGAGAUGGAGUUGGCGUUGAUUGUGGCGACGGUGUUCAGAAGGUACGAGUUUGAGCUGUACCAGGAUGUGCUGGAGACAAGAGAAGGAUUCUUGAGGAAGCCAUUGGAGUGUAUUACUGGCGUGAGGAAGAGAGCAAAUGUAUAAAUAGGAAGGUGUUGUCUAUCUGCCAGCGAUUUAUUCCACGCGCUAAGCCUGUCGUAUCAAUGGAGUGUAUAGCAAACAAUGAGAGUCCAUUUGAACAAGUU